CGCCAUUCGAUGCCUAGCCUAGUGUUUCAUAUGGAACCCUAGCCCACGCGUCAUGGCUUCUCUUCAUAAGGCUGCCAUGCCCUCUGCCAUGCCCUCUGCAAACAUUAAACGUUUGUAGACUCGUCACACCCCACCAGGAAAGUAUAACCCUGAACAGAUGCCAUGAUAACACAAAAACUCUUACCAACCACGACACCAAAUGUUGGUUUUAUUCGUGCUCGCUGUUCUUCUGCGCUGCUCCGGCGCAGAUCUGAUCCGUUCGACAGUCACACAAUGGAUUUGGCAAACAUCAAUCGUCGUCGGUGACUAUCUGUAUGUCUCGGGCGGGGAGGAGUAUGAGUCUCCAACCUCGACAUCGAUUACCAACUAUAUAAGAAACGAGAGCCUGGUUGUUGACCUGACGCGAUCAUGGACCAACCAAACAUUGACAGCGACAUCAUCAUUCCUGAGCCCCUCAGACCUUCGAACAGUGCGCCAACCAGUCUUAUUCUACGAUAAAGUGAACGACGUAAUCAAAAGAUAUGGAGGGUGGCCAUAUCUUAGCGAGGCUAUGCCAAGCGAGCUGUGGUCAUUUCCAGUGGGCGUCACCAAUCCGGCAUGGACUCUAGAAACGUCGCCAGUGACCAACGGACUGUCGGAAGGCUCACAGGGACCCAUGUCACCGGCGGCCGCGUACAGCGACACGGCCUUCUACAGCCUCGGGGGCAAUGUGCUGCGGCGUUCGAUGUUGCCGAAUCAAACGGUCCUUUCAGGGGUGGUCAGGCACGACUUUACCACGGGACUAUGGAGGAACGACACGACCGACAUCCCUGGCCAGAACAAUUAUCGCAACAUGGCAAAGGCAUUCCACGUCCCCAACUUUGGUGCCGAAGGCUUUGUCGCCUUUGUUGGAGGAGAGGCCCCGCCGACCGAGGAGUCUUUCUAUGAAGAGGGGACCUACAUGGUUGACAUGUCUGUCAUCACUCUUCUCGACGUGGCCUCGGGCACCUGGUACACCCAGGCGGCUACAGGCGACAUUCCGCCUCCAAGGGUCGAGUUCUGUGCUGUGGGAACCACAUCGGCGGAUAACUCGUCCUACGAAAUUUUCGUGUAUGGAGGCUCUACCAACAGGACUCUAGACCAGAUUCAAGCCGAUAACGAGGGCUAUCUCAAUGUGUACACCCUGUCGCUUCCAGCAUUUCAGUGGUUCAAAUCCCCGUCAAAGACUCCCGUCCGACGAGCCUGCCAUACCUGCAGCGUCAUCGGCAAUCGACAGAUGAUAUCCAUUGGCGGACGAUUCCCCAGUUCCAGACAGCCACUGGGUUUCGAUCGAGAUCCCUGGGUUGGUGGUGUAGGCGUGUUUGACAUGACCAGCUUCACCUGGACCGACUCAUACAACGCCAGCGCCGAAGUCUAUGAUUCGCCUAAAGUGGUCAAGGACUACUAUACCUCGAGCUACGAAGUGCCUGACUGGAGCGACACGAAUCUGGCAGCCAUAUUUGCUUUCUCACCUCCCGCGCAAAGUCCCGACAACACCAAUAAUGAUGAUGACAACAAUACUGGUACGGAGUCCGGCAAUGGAGCAUCACAGACAUCUCCCAGCUCGCCAGCCCCAACUGGGUCAUCCAGCACCAACGUGGGCGCAAUUGCCGGCGGGGUAGUUGCUGGCGUUGCCGUAAUGGGCAUUGUUGCAGGAUUGUUUAUAUGGCGUCGACGACGACAACGACAACGACUACAAUCACAGCCACUACACCAACAAUACACACCUACAAUGCAAGGAGGCGCAAUCGGCCAUUUCGAUAAACAUGGGAUGGAACUUAGUCCGUCGUCGAUACACGAUCCCAACUUUCCAGGAUACCCACAGAAUCAAACCUGGUCGGAACUCGAUACGACGCCAGCCAAAAAGCAUGGGCAGCCGCAGAUCGGUGCGGUUGAACUGCCCGCUGCGGGACAUGCAAGGUGAAUGAAUGUGUACCAACGAAUGAAAAUGGGUUGGCUCAUGGACUAGAUCGAGAAACCAAGGAGCACAUCGGAGAGCAGAAGAUGCGAUGUGUUCUACACUAUGCUCACAUCUGGUAGUCAAUUGGGACUCGAGAGGACGCCUCUAUUGUGGCAAGAGAGAAUGAAUUUUGGAUCCUAUAUCUUUAGUACUCAAACGAC